GUACGCGACAUCAUCAAAACAGUGUGCAUCUCCUAAGCGCGUGUGGUUCUCUCUCUUACUCGACGCGCAUCAAACGUUUGCAGACAUGUUUCAUUUCCGAGAAAGAACGAGCUAUAUUUUGCUUCGCGCGAAAUAAUCACGACGGUUAGUAGCGACGAGACGACUUUAUAUUUUCCUCCCCUGACAGCGCAGGAGGCGCGAUGGUGGAGCAGUCCGAUCGUGCUCCGCUGCUCGACUGGGAGGAGGUCCCCCCUGCCGAGCUGGCCACCGCGGGUCCGUCUCCUGUAAGGGAGGAGGACCCGUCAGCAGGCGAUCCAUCGCACCGCCGCCCGCCGAGCGGGGAUAGCGCGGGUGUCGGCUGGGGCUCAGCCUUAGGAGGAGGUGCAGCCGGCGUAACAGCUGUUAGAAGCACCGCUCCUCCCGAGCGGGUUGGGCCAGAAGGGGACGCUUCGGCGACUGAUGAGGAAGGGGACUGCGCUUUUCUCGGACUGUCGGUGAAAGAUCGCAGAAUCACCGAAUGGGAGGAAAAGGACCAAAUUGUUGCUGUGUUCGUAGUCACCUUUGACACGAGAUCGGGAAACAUGGUGGAAUGGUGUUUACCUGAGGAUGUAAACCUGGAUGGGGUGGAGUUCAAGUCUAUGGCCAGCGGGUCUCACCGCAUCGCAAACGAUUUCAUAUAUUUCCGGAAAGGCAGUUACUUUGGGCUGGCAUGCUUUGCCAACAUGCCAGUGGACAGUGAGCUAGAGAGAGGGGCGCGAAUGAAGUCUGUAGGCAUUCUGUCUCCCUCUUACACCCUGCUCUACCGGUACAUGCACUUUCUAGAGAACCAGGUCAGGCACCAGCUGCAGUGUCCAGGGCAAUACUCUCCACUAGAGGCAUUUUAUGAAGACAAGAAGGCUGUUCUUCCACCUGGAGGGAAUGGCCUGGUCACAGCCUGCCCUACCAGCACCCUGGGGUCCAUGGUGAACCGCUGCAUGCAUCCAGAGAUGAAAAUCACACAUCCAGCUGGCUGUAUGUCCCAGUUCAUUCGGUUCUUCGGAGAGCAAAUCAUGGUGUUGUGGAAAUUCGCCUUGUUAAGGAAGCGCAUCCUCAUCUUCUCCCCACCACCUGUUGGCGUGGUGUGUUACCGGGUAUACUGCUGCUGUUGUCUUGCUAAUGUAUCCAUUCCUGGGAUGGGAAUCUCCGUGCCAGAAUUCCGCCCCUUCUUCUACAUCAAUGUUGCUGACAUCACAGCUCUGGAGACGGAACUAUCCUAUGUAGCUUGCACCACAGAGAAGAUCUUUGAGGAGAAGAAGGAGCUGUAUGAUGUCUACAUUGAUAACCAGAAUGUAAAGACGCAUAGAGAGAGCCUGCAGCCUCUGCUCCGAAUCAACAGUGCUGACCGGGAGAAAUAUCGCAAACUCAGCGAACAGAGGCAACUGUUGCUGUAUUCUCAGGAGGUUGAUGAAGAUUGCACCUCCAAUGAGGAAGACCUCUUCAUUGUGUUCUUUAUGGAGCAGAACAACCGCAUUUUCCAGACCCUGUCGGAGGUAGCAGGGAGUGCUGAUCCCACACUGACCGCUGACCAUAUGCGGGCCAUGGGAUUGGAUCCACAGGGUGACCGUGGUUUCCUGGUGGAUCUGCUGGAGGUCUAUGGCAUUGAUGUCAUGCUGGUUAUCGACAAUCCCUGCUGCCCGAGCCAGUACUGAGCCCUGGCCGCACCGCUGGAACCCCCUGACACUGCCAACGCUCCAGGGCGCUGACCCUCUGCAGGCUUUGCUGUACUCUGAUGCCUUUACACCCUCUCUGAUGUCUGUUGUCUACUUGUGUGUGUCUGUGCGUGUAUUCUCCAUAUCCUUCCCUAGGUUUUUUCCACUGCUACGCCUACUCUCACAUCCUCAAAAAUAAUGACAAAACACCUCUCUGUGUCUCUUUGUUCCUGCCUGUCAUUGUGUGGAGCUCAAAUUGUGACUCUGUUCUUCUAGCCAGCAGUGUUUUGGGGAACAGAUGUAAAGUCCCCUGCUGAAUUUCCAGUGUGUGUCACCUGGGCCACACAGAAUAAAAGUAAAGCAGUCCAGCAGUGGAGCCUCUUUCAUCCUUGUGCACUCCUGGUUUCCUGUCUGGUGGCACGAGGUAAAUGGCAAGGCAGCAUCUGCCACACAGCAACAACAAUUCUCACAGUUGAAUUGUGGAAUAAUCUGUUUGAACACCCAAUUAGACUCAUUGUAUUGGGGGAGAUAUUUCAUAUUCUUCUGUGGUAUUUAUUUAGCUUACUCAUGAGUCUCAUUGUAAGUGGGACACCAGGUUUUGUCACAUGCAUACGUUUGGUGUGGUGAUUGAUAUGUUGUUGUUGUUGUUGUUGUUGUUGUUGUUGUUUUCCUCACAAAAACCAAGUCUCCAUAUGGUUGACUUGGCUUCUCUUUCAGCAUUGAUGGUUUUUGGCUUUUGUCAGACAUUAUAUCUGGACCUAAUGUACAGACUUCACAUUGUGAGGAAAAAGGAUACAUUUGAGCACAGAAAUGUAUGGCUACACAAUAUAUCAGAGUCCUAAUCAAACAUUUAAAAAGUCAUCAGCUGAAUGUUCCAAAAGGUCUCCACAACGACAAUGACUUUGGCUGUACUCUUGCUCACUUUUUGUUGUUCAUACUGAAAAUGACAUGGAAGACUGACAUAUCUACUACUGUAGGUUCCAUUACACAUUUCAAGCAGCUCUUUGAAUGUGGUGUGUACUGCUGAACCCUUGAACUCUCUAGAGCUGGGUUGCCCAGAUUAGCCUCAAAAGACAUGGGGCUAAAUCUUGCAGGUGACAUUAGUUUUGACAAUGGCGUGAGUUGGAACUGUCAUGAGCCACCUCACUGGGAUUAUCUGAUUCAUUUUUGAUUCUUGAUUCAUCUCUCUGAUUCUGUUCAGGCUCACCAGGUGUAUCUGCUCUAGAAUCCUCAUUUGGUCCCUUAUAAUAUGACGUAUCAUAAAUUAAUAUAUCAUCAUCAUUUGUCUAUUGCUUGAACACUAAUGACACAGAGGGCAGGUAUAAGUAUUUGUGCUGUAUAGGGCUUUUUUCUGUUGUCACUAUUGGUAUCGAUUGUAAGUUAUUGUACAUUUUUGCUGCGCCAUGCAGACCUAGUGCACAUCAACAUGGAUGCGUAUGGUAAUGCUUUCAAGUUGUUUUCAUUUAAAUCUCGGGAUGGGGGCAGCAGGUGAAUUAAUGUGAUUCUAUCAAUGAGUCCUCAGUAAAUGCUGAAUUACUCUUUAAAGGCUUUCAUUGUCUGUAUUGUAUGGGUAAGCUUGGGUUCUGUGUUUUGAAAUACGUUUGCGAUGGGCAGUGCUAUAUUCUGGCACUUUUCAGCAGAGCUAGAUUACAUUUGAGUGGCUGGGUCAGUGGAUACUGGGGGGGGGGGGUUGCAUUUUUAUUUGGACAGCACCUGCUUAUCAAUUAAAUUGGGAUGACCCUGUAUUGUAAUCCAUGAAGGACAAGCCAACCCCGUGAUCGUUAAUAGUGAUGGCAUGGCUACAAGGGUGCAAAUGUAGCCCUUGACUAACAGAGUUGCCAUUGUGUGGCUCUGGCCUUGGUUGACGUGUUAGCACUUAACCCAGAUUCCAACAGUCCCCACCCCUCUGGGUGAGCUCUCUACUGGGCUACACAGUUCCUCUGAUGUGUGGAAUUUUGCAGAAGACCCUACAGACAUAAAUAUUCAUUAAGGACACUGGCUUCUCUAAGAAUCUAAGAAUCACAAAAAUGUUGUAGGUUUUGUGUUAAUGAGUGCAGGCACUUAUUUGACUUGAGAUGGAAAGGAGAGGGUUUUAUCUGAUCUUUCCUUUUUUUUUUGUUUUGGUUUUUUUAAAAAGCUAAAUUAAGAUUUCAAUUAACAUGCAAUUGCUGUGAAAAUUUGUCAAUAGAUGUUCUGAGGCUGAAAUGUGAAUUUAUCUCUGUCAUGUUCUUAGCAAGUGUAUCCCUCUUGCUUUAUUGCUUUAACUUAAACGAGUAGUAUUCUGGUUUCAUCCACAUCAAGGAAUGUAUAGCAAGAAAUCAUCUAACAUAUUUGCGUAGGUGGAAUCCUCACAUGUAUGGAUGCUAAAACUGUUUUUGUUUUUGACUAAGCAUUAAAAUGGGUCAGUGAUUGUGACACACACAGAGGAGGAAUGUGGAGUUCUACUCAGCUCACAUCGGCACUAGUUGAAGAGUUCCCUCUGUCGCACCACAGACUGCAACAGCAUGUGUCUUGGUCUAAAGCCACUGGAUCUUAUUUACUGCCAUUUUGAAAUAAACGGUUCUCGUUACUGA